AUGGACAUGCUUCGGACCUCAUCAAAUAUUGACGCUGUAAGGCCAUUGGCUGGGGUAUCUAGUCGUAAUAUAACCACGCCCAACAAUUACACACCGCCUCCGUGGGUUAAAUUGCUGGUUGGCAGUAGCGGGGCGGGCAAUGGUGGAGCGGCAACCUCACCAGACGGUGGUUCCAGUUCCGCCCCACCACUAUCACCAGGGGGCUCAGGCGUCGUUGGCGGCGCUCUGUCACCCGGGGCUGGAAGCCAUGCCAGUACACCGGCCGCCUCGUGUUGCGAUACCCCUCGGCCUAUAAUCACAGACCCGGUCUCCGGUCAAACAGUUUGUUCCUGCCAAUAUGAUGGGGCUAGACUUGCUCUCUCCUCAUAUCCUCGGUUAUCAAGCGCCGCGGUGGGGGUAUACGGCGCCCCCUACCCAUCUACAGACCAAAAUCCGUAUCCAAGUAUUGGCGUCGAUAGUUCAGCUUUCUAUUCACCUUUGUUUUAUCGUUUUUUCUCCUCGUUUGGUUUUGGCGAUAGCGUGGCGUGCAAGGCAUCCAACCGGUCCGUGAGCGCCGGGCCAGAAAACUACCGACACCUCGAAACUUGCGCCGCCACCUUGUCACGAAACAUUAAUAUUUAA